AGAUACCUGAUAACAGAUAUUCCACUCGGAGUUGUUGUGCUACGUGCAACGCCCGUAAUAAUUAUACAAUUCCAUCAAUUUCCACCGAAAAACAUCAAAAAACCAGUGAAUAAAUGUUAAAAACAAUAAUUACAGAGUGAUUUGAAGAAAAUUGAAAUAAAAUUCCAGCAGCAGCGUGUGCGAAGGACAUUUUUUCAUCGCAACGCGUGCGAAUGCAUUGCGAGAAUUAAACAGUGGUUUGAUGCGUUGAUCGAUUGACUCUUGGCCGCCAUGUUGACACGACGGCACGAUGACAUGAUGUAAAUAAACAAAAAACAGGCGUAAACUGCGAGAGAAACGAGUGUACAGAGUUUGAGAAGUUUGUUUGCCUUCAUGAAUUAUUAACUUACAACUCCAAAAUGAAGCCCACACAAAACCCACUGCCAAAAAUUACAAUUCUACUUAUUUUAAUCAUCAUCCAAACCAAUUUUGUUGCAUCAUUAUGCCCCGAAAAUUGCAACUGUAAAUUCGACAAUGUUGUCGCAUGUCAUCACAAUUCCCUGAAUCAGUUACCAGAAGACAUCAGUUCAGAGGUGAAUCUUCUAGAUUUGUCCAACAAUGACUUCACUUCGAUACCAAAAGAUAUAUCACAGUACCAACACCUUCAAAAAUUAAUCUUCGCACAUAAUCGGAUCAACUCACUGGGAUCUACCGUUUUUAAAGAUUUACACAGUCUUGAAUCAUUGGAUCUCUCCUGGAAUACCAUCCGCCGUAGCAGAGAUCUUCAUCCAAAUGCACUUAAAAAUCUAACACAGCUUAAACAACUGGAUCUUUCUUCUAACACGUUGAAAACCUUUCCGGAAUGCACAAGUGCAACUUUAGAACAUCUAACAUUAGAAAACUGCUCUAUUUAUGGGCUUAAUCCAGGUAUACUGAAUUACUUCCCAGCUUUGAAGACGUUAAACUUUGCCCAGAACAGUAUAUCAGUGCUUCAAGAUCAAUUCAGAAGUAAAACUCUUCAAGUGUUUAAUUUGACACAAUGUCAGAUUAAAACUGUGGAUAGUACCGCCCUGAAUAACUUUAAAAGUCUACAAGAGUUGUAUUUAACCAGGAAUUAUCAAUUGAAGAGUUUUAAUGCAAAUUCAACGACUUUGAUUCAUUUGGACUUGAAGGAUUGUAACCUGGAAAGUGUCCCGCAUAGUUGGUUGCCUAAUCUGACUACAUUACAACUAUCAGGGAAUCAUAUCCGAAGGAUUGAAGCUGAUUGGCUUCAGAAUAUGCCAAGGUUACAAAGGAUUAUCUUAAGUGAUAACUCAAUUGAUUUUAUUGAACCCGAUAGGUUUACCCAGGCGAUGUAUUUAGUGACUUUGGACUUGUCACGUAACACAUUCAGAAAUUUAGAUGAGAAAAUCUUCAAAAACAGUUUAAAUCUAAAGUUGGUUAAUAUGUCACGCACUUAUAUUGAUGAAAUGAUUCCAUUCCAGUCAAAAUCAUUGUUGAUUCUUGAUUUGACCAACUGUGAAAUUCGUCAGAUUAAAUGGGAUUCAUUAAAGGGGAUGUCAAAACUGCAGAUAUUAUACCUAUCAGGAAAUCAGAUCAAAGAAAUCCCUUUGAAUAUCACAUCAACGUCCCUGUUAAAACUUGAUCUUUCUAAUAAUCGAUUAUCAACAUUGAAGAAUACAACAUUCUUCAAGGUUCCAAACCUACAGAGUUUAAACCUGAUUGGUAACCGUUUAGUACACUUAGAAUUCUAUUCCUCCUUCAGAGGAAUAAGGACCUUUUUUGUGGGAGACAACCCUUGGAGGUGUGAAUGUGAAAACAGAGGUUUUGAAAAUAUGUUCAAAUACUUGAACGAAAUCAACUCCGAUGUUGAAGGAGCAAGAUGUCAAACUCCCCAGAACCUCGAAGGUAAAACCUGGAAUGAAGCAUGUAGCUCAACAUGGUUCCCAUGGAAUUUCGCACAGAGUGACAAAGCCUGGAUGGUUUCAGUCACUAUACUAGCUGUGUUUAUCCUCAGCUGUUGUUUAUUUGUGUCUAUUAAUCGUGAAUGUAACAAAAGGAAGAAACGUCAACGUGAAGCAGAUGCAGAGCGUCGUUCAGAAGUCCAAGAAAGAUUAAUGGCUAUGAUGCAUGCAAGUCGGGAUCACUUCAAUGAAGAAUCCCAUAAUGCACCUGACCCUAGAGCAGUCCAAGGACCUCCUAGUUAUAACGAAGCCAUUACACUUCCCCCAUUAGGAUCAACAGCUAGUUUGUAUUCUAGGAAAGAAGAAGCACCUUCAAUUCAUGGUUCUACUAAUACCAUUAAUCUAAACCAAUCAAGAUCCACUACGAAUUUGAACAACAACAACCCAGAAACCAAAGAAAAACGAGUCCGUAGAAAGAAAAGACCUAAAAGUCCUCAUAGACUAAACCGAAUGAGUCAAGCAAGUCAGGAAUCAAGAGAUAUCAGCGACGCUAACCAAUCCAGUAGUCAACAGAGUUAUGUCAGAAGUAGUAGUCACAUGAGUGAGAGGAGCCAAUCAAAUCCCGAUCUCCUCGAUAAAUCAGGCCGACCUCUAUCGGCGAAAACCCGAAGACGCAGGCAGAGAUCCCGCACAAGGUCACAAACCUUAGGCGAGUCUAGUAGUGAUGAUACUUCUGUCUUCGAAACCAAAAUGUAGGUUAUGUUGUUGUUUUAGUUUUUAGUUUCCAUUAAUUUUUAUCAAAUAGAAAUAUAUUUAUAACAACGUG